CCCUAAAAACCAUUUAUCGCUCCCAAAAACCCUAAUAACUUUCCAUUCAUCAAUUGCUCGACACGCCAUCGAUGAGAGGGAAAGACCGAGGGGAGAACAGCGAUACGGGGAUAGGGAGGUCUACUAGGGCUAGGGUUAUGGUUAAUGUAUCAGGAUAUGGCGAUGAAGAGGAUGAUGAGGGGAGUAGGAAGAAGGGAAGGCGGAGGAGAAGGAAGUCGAAUGGCGUGGGUAGGGUUCCGAAAAAGAAAGGGGGAAACGAUGAGGAAGCCCGGGAUGGUGGUGGGAAGACGGAUGAACAAGGGAAUUUGAUAGAGGCAAAAAAGAAAGGAAGUGAUGAGGAAGAGGAUGGUAACUCUGAUCCUGCAAAUGGGAGUGGCACAACGAGUCAGUUUGGUCGCAAGGUUUCAAGAGCUUCAAGGGAAGAAAAGGAAGAUACCAAGCGACACAGGGCUGGUUCGAAGACUGAUGAACAAGGGGUUUUCAUAGAGUCAAAUAUGUGUCAUCAGUGCCAGAGGAAUGACAAAGGAAGGGUUGUUCGGUGCACCAGUUGCAAGACAAAGAGAUAUUGUGUUCCCUGCAUGAAUACAUGGUAUCCGAAGAUGACGGAGGAGGAUUUUGCCAAUGCUUGUCCUGUUUGUCAAUACAAGUGCAAUUGCAAGUCUUGCUUGCGUUUGGAAGUGCCAUUCAAAUUCCUGAAGAAGUCAGAUCUGGUGCUUGAGGAUGAAGAAAAAAUUCAGCACGCCAGAUACAUUUUACAGACACUACUUCCAUUUCUCAAAGAUUUCCACAGGGAACAAUUGAGGGAGAAGGAGAUUGAGGCUAAGAUUCAAGAUUUAUCAUUGUCAGACACGAAGGUACAAAUUGCUGACUGCCCUGAAGAUGAGCGUGCCUAUUGCGACAAUUGCCAAACUUCUAUCGUUGACUUUCACAGAAGCUGUCCACACUGUUAUUAUGACCUGUGCCUUAUUUGUUGCCGGGAGUUCCGUGAUGGCAACCUACGGGGAGGUGAGGAGGAAGUUGUCAUGAAGUACAUUGACCAUGGACUGUCUUACUUGCAUGGUGGGAAUGAUAAAGAGAAGAGUGUUACGCGGAAGAGUUGUAGGCGGAAGAUUGGCAAAGACAAAAACCUUGAGUGUAGGCAGAAGAGCGGUGAGGACCUUGAGGGUAGGCAGAAAAGCGGUAAGGACCUUGAGGGUAGCCAGAAGAGUUGUGAGGACCUUGAGGGUAGCCAUUUGCCGUCUUUAAGGAAAACAGAAACUUCAGAUAUACCUGCCGGGCCGAGCAGCAUGGACGAUGUUAAGUUAACAUUUGAGUGGAAAGCCAAUGAAAAUGGUAGCAUUCCUUGUCCUCCAGUAAGGAUGGGUGGUUGCGGUUGUGGAAACUUGAAAUUGAAGUGUCUGUAUCGAGAAGAUUGGGUCGCUCGGUUGUUGAUGAAGGUAGAAGAGAUCGCUAACUCAAAUGACCUUACUGAUGGGCCUGAAAGCUCUUCACUAGUGUGCCGCUGUUCCAAUGAGGCGGGUGAAAUUGACGUGUUUAAUAACAAUUUAAGGAAAGCAUCUUCUCGAGAAAAUUCUGCUGACAACUAUUUGUUCUGUCCAGCUGCCAGAGAUAUCCAAUGCGAGGAUUUGAAACAUUUCCAGUGGCAUUGGCGUAAAGGUGAGCCUGUGAUUGUCAGCGACGUGCUUGGAACUACUUCUGGUUUGAGCUGGGAUCCGAUGGUUAUGUGGCGUGCGUUCCGUCAGAUAAAAAAUGUCAAAUAUGGCCAGCUUUUAGAUGUGACUGCCCUUAAUUGUUUGGAUUGGUGCGAGGUUGAGGUUAAUGUCCAUAAAUUUUUUCGAGGCUACCUAGGGGGUUUAUCUGAUGGUGAAGGGUGGCCUCAGAUUCUUAAGUUGAAAGCCUGGCCCCCGUCGAGCUUAUUUGAGGAACGAUUGCCUCGACAUAAUGCUGAGUUCAUCAGUUGCUUGCCUUUUAAACACUAUUCACAUCCUUGCGAUGGCUUUCUAAAUCUCGCCACAAAGUUACCCAAGCAUUCUUUGACGCCAGAUUUGGGACCAAAGACGUAUAUUGCCUAUGGAGUUGUUCAGGAGCUGGGUCGUGGGGACUCUGUCACCAAGCUUCACUGCGAUAUGUCCGACGCGGUGAAUGUCUUAACGCAUACUGCAGCAGUGAUGCUUAAUCCGGAAAAUAAUGCCACAAUUGAGAAGUUAAAGCAACAACAUAUUGCCCAGGAUCAAAGGGAAAUUUUUCAAAAUGGUCAGAUAUUGGACCCAACAGUUGAGGAGAAGUGUGUGCCAUCAUGUAUGGAGAACCAUGUUUCAAUUUCCUCCGAAAUUGAGUUGGAUACAACUUUUACUGCUGAAUUAUUUGAUAGUCAUGAUAACCCGAAGGGUUGUGAAGUUACUAUUGUUGAUGCAGCUUGCCAGCAACAUGUGCAAAAUGGUACAUCUGUGCUAAAGGACCAAGAGUAUACAUCAGGAUCAAAGGUAGAAGAUUUUGGGGGUGUGAAGGAAGAAGCCAAAGACGCUAGUAUUUGUUCUACCUACUCAAGGAGCAAGAUAAGUCUACGUGGUAGAAAGAGGAAGAGUGGAACAUCUUAUCCAGGUUUGGCGAGGAAGCGUAAGAAGGGAAGUGCUGAAUUUGCUGUUUCAGAAUCUCUAAUAGGGGAAAAUACUUUCACUGGUGAAAGAAUGGAAGGAAAUGGUGAAAUGGAAUUGAGAGAGAGUAAGGCUGAGAUGGGUCCUGCUGUCCAGCAAAGCAUAUCUGAAGCUUCUGACACAACUGAAAAGGCAAAAGGGGAUUGUGAUGAAGUUGUGGAUUGCUGUGGGGUGGCAUAUUUUGGAAAGGAUUUCGAAGGAUUGGAAGAUGCAGAUGGAGGUGCUGUUUGGGAUAUCUUCCGACGACAAGAUGUUCCCAAGUUACAGGAAUAUCUUAGGAGACACUUCAGGGAGUUCAGGCAUUUUCAUUGUUGUCCAUUGCAGCAGGUUGUGCACCCAAUUCAUGACCAAACAUUUUAUUUGACUCUGGAACACAAAAGGAGGCUCAAGGAGGAAUAUGGGAUUGAGCCGUGGACUUUUGUGCAAAAACUUGGAGAUGCAGUCUUUAUUCCAGCUGGCUGUCCGCAUCAAUUUAGAAAUCUGAAGUCAUGCAUAAAGGUUGCACUUGACUUUGUGUCACCUGAAAAUGUUCAAGAGUGCAUCAGAUUGACCGAGGAAUUCCGCAUACUUCCAAAGAAUCAUAGGGCUAAAGAAGACAAGUUGGAGGUGAAGAAAAUGAGUCUUCAUGCAAUGAAAGAGGCUGUGAAGAUUUUGAGUGGGUCUCCGAUAACUGAGGAAGUCAACCACCAGAAAGAAGAAAAGAAAGAAGUAAAGAAAAAUGGGAGGAAAAAAAGGACGAGAGCUAGAAAGUUGUAGAUGAAAUGUGACAAAAAGGCAUAUCCUUGUUCUGUAUUGACUCCGAGGACUCCUUUUGCUGGAGAAGAGCUACUUUGUUGUCUGUACUAUUAGUCUAUUACCAGUUGGGCUGUGAUUUGAAACGUGUCUUGACCACUAGGUUGUUUUGGUAUCAGUGAACUGCUGAGUUCCAAAGUUCUAUACCCAGCCUGUUCUAUGUUUAA